AUGACAACUCGAGCGAUAUUAGCAUCUAAAAAUGAGGAAGUUGAUAAAUUGAAUGAUAAGUUAAUUUCUAUGUUUCCUGGAGAAGCAAGAACAUUUCAAAUUUUCGAUGAGGCUAUCGAUGAUACAAAUAAUAACUAUGAAAAAGAUUUUCUCAAUUCUUUGACUCCAAAUGGCUUACCUCCGCAUAAGUUGGUCUUGAAGAGAAAUUGUCCAAUAAUCAUCCUAAGGAAUUUGGACCCAUCAAAUGGAUUGUGCAAUGGAACAAGAAUGGUGUGUAGGAAUUUCAAAUCCAAUGUCAUUGAUGCGGAAAUAGUAUUUGGCCAACACGUCGGAAAACAUGUUUUCAUUCCUAGAAUACCACUUUCGCCAGCUGAAAAUGAGGGUUAUCCUUUCAAAUUCAAGCGUAAGCAAUUUCCGAUUAGACUUUGCUUCGCUAUGACAAUCAACAAAGCACAUGACCAAAAAAUUCCUAAUAUAGGAGUCUAUUUGCCUCAACCAGUGUUCUCUCAUGGCCAACUAUAUGUAGCUCUAUCAAGAGGAACUUUAUCAUCGACAACAAAAUUUCUAAUAAAGCCGGAUACCAACAAUGUUCGAGAAAAAAGGGCGACAAAAAAUGUUGUUUACAAAGAAGUUCUAAAUGCAGGAGGCUCAUCAAAGAGGCUACAAAAUGAAGAAAAUGAGAUAUGCUUCAUCGUGAAUGAGCGUCUACAGUACGACCACCUCUCUUGGAUGGAUCAAAUUACUCUUACUGGAAAUCGAAGAUGA